AUGAAGCUCACUGCGGAUCUUGACCUGGAUCUUGACCUGAAUCUUGACCUGGAUCUUGACCUGGAUCUUGAUGCUAUUAGCUCCGAACAGCACGAUACACGAAUUCUCGCCACCACAUGUCUUCCUGGAGUACUUUCUGGCAUCGAUUACGAUGGAUCGUAUAGCUCUCAUGGGUCGAAGGAUGAUGACCUCGAAGAAGACGGCCCUACAGGUUCAUAUCCAAUCUCGGUACACAUCCCUGAAUGUAUGCUCAUCAGCCCACGAUCCUGCUAUACGCCAUUCGACCCGCCGUGUCCGGUCGCGUCGGAGCGUGAUGCUUUAAGAAUUCUACUACCACAACGAUACGCCAAGAAUGGUUUUCUCGAGCUGAAGCUUGACGAUUUUGCCGUCUACUGCGAUACCAAGUUCAGACCCGAGGAAAUGCGCUCACUCAGUCAGCUUGGCACCGAGCCUCACUCCACACCCUUGUUCUUCGACGGGAUGCUCUCGCAUGGAACGCAGAGCCUCUACGUGCGUCGAGUUCGUAUACACGCACUACCUAUUGGAAACUAUGGCCAAGAGUCACGACAUCAGACGAGAGACAACAUAUGGAUCCAAUCCGAGGAAAAUGCCACGAGCGAUGUAUUCUAUAAGUUGGGAUCACCAGCACCAGAAUACAAGAGAUUUUUUGAGCUCUUUGUGUGGGUUGCUGAUCUAGCGAAGUAUUUUGUCGACUUUCUGACUGUCAUGCGUGCCAUAGAGCGGCCCGUGACAAUUCAUCACUUCCGACGAGACUUUGCGGCCUGGCUUCUUGCUCUUUAUGCAAAGUCUGACAAAAUUGAGGCGGUCAAAACGUGGAUGUGUAAACACCCUCGUCAAGACUAUCGAUCCGCCGUCAAUGCAAAUGUUGAUUUUUUGCACAAGGAAUCUGUUGGUGUACUAGGCGAGCGAAGAGCCUACUUUCACGAUUUGUGGAACGAGGUGUUUUUCUUUCAAACGUACACUCCCUACAUCGCACAUAACGAAGACAAAUGUACCAUUGUUACCAAAUACAUUUACGACUGCUUUCACCACUUACCAUUUGGUAAAAGACUCAAGGUUGUUGAUCUCAGUGCUCACACAAAGCGACUCCGAUUGGAAGUAAUCGCGCAACGACCGAUGCUACCUAUAAAUGGCACUCAAGUUACGCCGGCUGGCCACGGCAAGAUCGGCCCUGGGGACACCAUAUCUACCGCACGCGACACUGUCGAUUCUGGCACUGACUGGGAAAAGGAAGAGGCCAAGGGCGAUGAGUACAGCGAUCUAUGGUUUGCCCUUGUUCAAAGCGUGUCCGUUAACAGCGAUGGGGUUCGAGUAUUCGAGGUCAUUUGGUACUAUCGACCCGUCGAUACGCUAUGCGGCCUCAUGCAGUAUCCUUGGUCUGAUGAGUUAUUCCUGUCCGACCACUGUUCGUGUGAGGAAGGCACCAAGAUCCGAGAAGAUGAAGUGCGCAGCGUUCAUGAGGUCGACUUUGGCGGUACGCCAGAAACCACAAAAGAAUUCUUCUGCCGACAAUCGUACUUAUCAGACGAUAAGAUCUGGGUUACGCUAACGCAAUCGCAUUUGACGUGUCGUCAUAACAAUGAUGCACCUAUACCUGACAGUGCAGAAGAAUACUGUCUUGGAGACACGGUGCUUGUAAAAUCGGGUAGAAAUUCGAAUGUUUGCCAUCCCUGCGAGAUCAUCGAGACUAAGCAGGAAAAUGGAAGACUACGCUUCGUCUUUCGGAAAUUACCUAUACGCCACGCAGUUGAUUUGACCGCAAGAAACGCGCCGCCGAAUGAGGUCGUGUACACAGACGAAAUUGUCAAAUCUGGUCCAUCAAGUAUCGUUAGCCGAUGUCAUGUUCGCUGGUUUCCCCAGACUAGGCCAGUACCGACUCCAUAUGACCGUGACGGCGUCGGAGCAUUCUUCUUCUUGACUCAUCAGAAGAAGUGGACAGGCAAUGGCUACAUCACAUCUCCUUUGGAAGAAGCCCCGCCAUCCUUAAACCAGGGCCACGAUCCACAGCAGGACUCGAAACCAAAGCUUCGCGGUCUUGAUCUAUUCUGCGGAGGAGGCAACUUUGGUCGGGGUCUCGAGGAAGGCGGCUCAGUGACGAUGAAGUGGGCGAACGAUGUGAACUCGAAAGCGUUACAUACAUACAUGGCUAAUACAGAACCGGGGCAGAUAUAUCCAUUCCUAGGUUCUAUUGACGACUUCCAGCGGCUUGCGUUUCAAGGUAGAUUUGCAGACAACAUCCCGCAAGUUGGAGAGGUGGACUUCAUCUCAGGCGGCAGCCCGUGCCCUGGAUUCUCGCAGUUGACCAACGACAAGGAGACGGACGCACAGAGAAAGAAUCAAUCUUUAGUAGCAGCGUUUGCAUCCUGUGUCGACUUGUACAGGCCCAAGUACGGGAUACUAGAGAAUGUCGCCGGCAUCAUCCAGAAGCACCAAAAUAGAGGCCAUGACGUUUUCAGCCAGCUCAUGUGUGCAUUGGUAGGCAUGGGUUAUCAGGCUCGGCUUGUCUUGUUGGAUGCCCUUUCUUGCGGCUCUGCUCAGGUCCGCUCCCGCGUCUUUAUCAUCUUUGCCGCGCCUGGAUGGACUCUGCCCGAGGCGCCCAUUCAGACGCACUCACAUCAGCCCAAUGUCAAGAAUUUUAAGCUUGGCAGGCUACCGACCGGUGAGCCCAUGGCGAGAAGAGAGGUGGCGAGCUGUACGCCAUUUUCAUAUAAGAGUGCGUCACAGGCGGCUGCCGGGCUGCCGAGCUUAUACGAUGCCACUCCGGAUAUCUGCAUCGCAUUCCCGGAUCACCGAGUUGUUUCGCACACAAAUACAAAUACCAUGAGAAAUAGAAUUCGGCUGAUUCCGAAGGCUCCCUAUGGUAUGAAUUUUUCACAAGCCUGGUAUGGGCGUUUAGGCACUAGACCCCGCGUCGCUGGACGGGGCGUUUUGACCAGGUCGGAGCGCAACAUGUUUUCACUCCGAGGUGAGGCAACGAUGUCGACCUCGAUCCAGUCCAGGGCCUACGGAAGACAGCCGCCAAACCAGCCAAUGGCCACGAUUGUGACAAGAGCCAGUCCCAGGGAUGCCAAGCAGGGCCGGACGAUCCACUGGAGCGAGGACCGGUGCCUGAGCGUCAUGGAAGCGAAGCGCGGGCAGGGCUUCCUAGACGAGGAGCUACUAUUGGGGUCCGCCGACGUGCAGUACAGGAUCAUCGGCAACAGCGUGGCGAGAGAAGUAUCACUGGCGUUGGGCGUUGUUUUCGCAGAAGCGGUGAUGCGCAGCUACGGCCAGGGUGUCGAGGACCUCGCCGUAGACAGCGAGGACGAGGUGACGAUAAAGACAGAGAUGAGCGUGCCGACGACACCGGGAGCGACGAGGCAGCAAGGAGAAAACAACGGCAGGAAUAAGCGACGACGGGUGGGAUAA